GUCCUCCAGGUGUCUCUAGCUCUCUGAGCAGCUUCAGCUCCACCAGAAGCAGAAGAAGACUCCUCAUCAACACUCUGUCCUCCAUCUCUCCGUCUCUCAGUCGGUUCUUCUCUUUAUUAUAUUUCGGGUCUGAAUAAAAACUAUAAACUGAUUUUAUAAUUUAAAGUUAGCGUCACCUGAGCGCGAGGAGGCAAGAAGCACGUCACAGCGGCUGCGAUGGCGGCCGAGCGGCGCGAGGACAAAGAUGGAGAGCUGAACGUUCUGGAAGAUAUUCUGACUGAAGCUCCAGAUCAGGACGACGAGCUGUACAACCCCGAGACUGAGCGAGCCGUCAGCGACAAGAAAGGAACAAAGAGGAAGAGCGAGCGCUCUGGCAGCCAGGAUGUGAAGAGGCUCCGCCCCUCUACAGGCCACGCCCCCUCCAGGUCUUCCUCCACCAAUAAGAGAGCCCCGGGCCCACCUCUCUCUUCCUCCUCAUCCUCAUCUAAGAAGGUGGCGUCCAGCCCCCGGGCCCGCCACGCCGCCGCCACCAGCUACCGUCACGAAUACUAUGAGGAGCGAAAGGCCCGGCGAGCGCCCCGAGAGGCGACCAGGAGCCGCGGAGGAGAAGACGCCCGACGCAGAGAGUCCCAGAGAGGCUUGGAGCCUCUGAGCCAGAAAUUGCGGCGUGCGACCCCGCCCCCCCACGUGGUGGAGGACAACCAAUCAGAGGGGGAGGCUCCAGCAGAGUACGGCUCAGAGCCGGGGUCAGGUAGCUCCUCCGCCGCCGCCUCCCACGUAGACGAAGAGGAAGAGGAGGAUCAUGAGGAAGAUGACGACGAGGAGGAAGAGGAGGGCAUGGAGGAAGAGGAAGAGGAGGAGGAAGAAGAGGAGGAGGAGGAAGGAGAGAAGGAGGAGGAGGAAGAGGAGUACGAGCGUCGCGGCGGUGGCGAGGGAAACGACUACGACACUCGCAGCGAGGCUGGCGACUCGCGCUCCGCCUCCUCCGUCAGUUUCUCUGACGACGGCGAGUCCGUGCACUCAGGCUCCGCCUCCGAGGCCUCAGGUUCGGAGAAGAAGCAGGAGAAGCUGUCAUCGUCGGUCCGAGCCGUUCGCAAAGGGAUGGAGAAUCCGACCAGUAAGCUCCGCUACAUCCUGCGAGACGCUCGAUUCUUCCUCAUAAAGAGCAACAACCACGAGAACGUCUCGCUGGCUAAAGCUAAGGGUGUGUGGUCGACGCUGCCGGUCAAUGAGAAGAAGCUGAACGCUGCUUUCCGCUCGGCUCGGAGUGUCGUCCUCGUCUUCUCUGUGAGGGAGAGCGGCAAGUUCCAAGGUUUCGCUCGUUUGGCGUCGGAGUCUCAUCACGGCGGAUCUCCGAUCCACUGGGUUCUUCCUGCUGGCAUGAACGCCAAGAUGCUGGGUGGAGUCUUCAAGAUCGACUGGCUCUGCAGGCGGGAGCUUCCCUUCACCAAGACGGCUCACCUGUCCAACCCCUGGAACGAACACAAGCCUGUUAAAAUCGGACGCGACGGACAGGAGAUCCAACCGGACAUCGGCGGCCAGCUCAGUGCCUUGUUCCCACUGGACGAGAGCGUGGACGUCCACCAGGUGGCUCGCCGCGUUCGUCACAAGCGUCGGACGCCGUCGGAGCCGCGGCCUCGGGGCCGACCGCCGCAGCGCGAACCGGGAAGGCGUCGUCCUGAAGAGUACGACCUCCACGGCAGGAAGCGACCGCGAGCCGACGGUCCACCUGACUUCAACCAGCGAGCAGGGUUCAUCCAAGACCUUCGUAACCAGCCGGUGGACAGACGAUUCUCCAGCGUGAGACGAGACGUUUUCCUCAACGGGUCCUAUAACGACUACAUGAGGGAUUACCACCACAGCGUCGGUCCUCCUGCUCCCUGGCAGACUCUGGCGACGUACCCCGGCGUGGAGCAGCCGCCACCCCACCACCCGCCCUACUACCACCACAGCCACCCGCCGCCUCCGCCUCACCAGGCCUACCAUCACCACCACCACCCUCCUCUUCCGCCGCACGACGCUGCACCGCCUCGCUUCAGAGACAAGCAGCGCGCACCGCAACACCGCGCCUUCACCUCCAGCCCCCACGACUACGACAUGCGCGUGGACGACUUCCUGCGGCGAACGCAGGCGGUGGUGAGCAGCCGGCGUGAGCGCGAGCGACAGCGCGAACGCGAGCGUGGAGGACCCCGACGCGACAGAGAGCGGGAGCGAGCGAGGGACAGAGACAGAGAGAGAGAGAGGGACAAGGAGAGGGGGCGGUACCGCAGGUGAUCUGAUGAUGUCAUAUCCUGUCAGCCUGCAGGGGCUUUUAUUUUGACAGUCGGCUGUUUCUUUGCUGUUUUUUGUUGAAAAUUAUGAAUAAAAAAAGUGAAACGAGCUACAUGAUGACAUCAUCAUCUGCAUCAUCACUUUUUAUUCGAAUAAAAGAUUGAAAAAAAACCUGUAAAAAUAAGGAUCUGCUCUGUCAAACAUUCAUUUUGAUGAUCUGUGUAAAAGGGAAGUGACAU